GGCACAUCGCAAAACCAAUCCAAAGCUCCAAAGCCCUCGCCUUGUCCCUCUCAGUGUUUAUAUAUACAUACACACAUACACAACCCCUUCUUCACUUCAAAAUAAGUUUUUCUUCAUAACGUCAUAUAUUAUUUCAAAAAAAACCAGAGCUUCAUUUCUUGUCUGCUAAAGCCUGAGCUUCAAAAGCUUCAACGACAACAACAUCGACGACACGAAAAUGAAAGACGGGACACUUGUGGAAUCUGAGUUCGUGUAUGAACAAGAGACCCAUCUCACCGUUUCCAAAACCUCCGUCUUCUUCGCCGGCGACGGCUUCAUUGUCUAUGGCUGCAAAGGCGAGGUCGUCCUCCGAGUCGACUCGUACGCCCAGGACGCGCGUGACAGCUGUGAACUCGUUCUCAUGGACCCCAACGGCCGCUGCCUCCUCACUGUUCGCCGCAAGCGACCGAGUCUGCAUCAACGGUGGGAAGGGUUUGUGGGGGAGCGAACGGACGGCCAGAAGCACAUCUUCAGCGUGCGGAGAUCUUCAAUGAUCGGAAGGUCCACAGUGACCGUGGAGGUUUUGGGAGACCCAGGCGAUGAGUACCAGAUCGAGGGCUCAUUCUUGCAGCGGUCCUGCACGAUCUUCGACGCGGAGAAGAAAUUAGUGGCUGAGAUUAAACGCAAAGUUGACGCUUCCACGCACACGAUGCUCGGGAAGGACGUCUUCGCUCUCUGCGUCAAGCCCGGCUUCGACGCCGCGUUUGCCAUGGGAUUGGUGCUCGUUCUCGAUCAGAUCAACGCUGACGAUCAAAUCAACGUUGAUGAUUAUGGUGAUGAUGGGGUUGUGGUGGCCCCCACCGCAGACGAUUAGAAAAGGAAAUGUUGAUUCGACACUUUGGAAUGUAUUUGAGGACAUGGGACCCCACUUUCUUGUUUUGGGGUGAUGGCCUUGCUUGUAUUUUUCUUCUACUUUAAUAAUUUAACAAGAGAUUUAUCUGUA